CGCUGAGUCUUGGUCACUUUUGCUUGGGUAAAGAAAGAGGACUUUUCUUUUCGAGAAAAUUCAGAAAUUUGUUAGGAUUCAGGCUAAAUUGGUAAAUGACGAAGGGGCUUCUUCCAGAGCUGAGGAAGAAGGGUUGUCCGGAUAAUCACCAGAAUGGGAGUGAAUGACUUGUGGCAAAUUUUGGAGCCUGUUAAGCAACAUAUUCCCUUGCAUAAUCUUGGUGGGCAAAUUCUUGCAGUUGAUUUGAGUCUCUGGGUGUGUGAGGCACAGACAGUCAAAAAAAUGAUGGGCAGCGUCAUGAAGCCCCACCUCAGGAACUUAUUUUUUCGUAUCUCAUAUUUAACACAAAUGGAUGUAAAACUGGUGUUUGUUAUGGAAGGGGAACCACCAAAGCUGAAAGCUGAUGUCAUAAGCAAGAGGAAUCAGACACGGUAUGGCUUUUCUGGAAAAUCGUGGUCUCAGAAAACAGGAAGAUCACAUUUUAAAUCAGUCUUAAGAGAGUGCCUCGAUAUGCUUGAAUGCCUAGGAAUCCCCUGGGUUCAGGCUGCUGGGGAAGCUGAAGCCAUGUGUGCUUACCUCAAUGCUGUUGGUCGUGUAGAUGGCUGCCUCACCAAUGAUGGGGAUACUUUCCUUUACGGGGCCCAGACAGUAUACAGGAAUUUCACUAUGAAUACAAAGGACCCACAUGUUGACUGUUACAAAAUGUCAUCUAUCAAGAGUAAACUAGGUUUGGAUAGAGAUGCUCUGGUUGGAUUGGCAAUACUUCUAGGCUGUGAUUAUCUCCCAAAGGGAGUCCCCGGAGUUGGAAAAGAGCAAGCAUUAAAACUUAUACAGAUUUUGAAAGGACAAAGUUUACUUCAGAGGUUUAAUCGGUGGAAUGAAACAUCUUGUAACUCUAGUCCAGAACCGCUAGUCACUAAAAAACUGGCUCAUUGUUCUAUAUGUUCUCAUCCAGGUUCACCUAAAGAUCACGAACGUAAUGGUUGUAGAUUAUGUAAAAGUAAUAAAUAUUGUGAGCCACAUGAUUAUGAAUACUGCUGCCCUUGUGAGUGGCACCGUACAGAACAUGAUAGGCAACUCAGCGAAGUAGAGAACAAUAUUAAAAAGAAAGCCUGCGGUUGUGAGGGAUUUCCCUUCCAUGAGGUUAUUCAAGAAUUCCUUUUAAACAAGGAUAAAUUGGUGAAGGUUAUCAGGUACCAAAGACCUGAUUUGUUAUUGUUUCAGAGAUUUACUCUUGAAAAAAUGGAGUGGCCCAAUCAUUAUGCAUGUGAGAAGUUGCUGGUACUUUUGACCCGUUAUGACAUGAUAGAAAGAAAGCUUGGUAGAAGGCACUCUAAUCAACUACAGCCAAUUCGAAUUGUUAAGACCCGAAUCAGAAAUGGAGUUCAUUGUUUUGAAAUAGAAUGGGAAAAACCUGAACACUAUGUGAUGGAAGAUAAACAACAUGGAGAAUUUGCCCUACUAACAACUGAAGAAGAAGCAUUGUUUGAAGCAGCCUACCCUGAGAUCGUUGCUAUUUACCAAAAACAAAAAUUAGAAAUUAAAAGGAAGAAACAAAAACGUAUUAAGCCUAAAGAAAACAAUUUGCCAGAACCAGAUGAUGUAAUGAGCUUUCAGUCACACAUGACUUUAAAACCCACAAGUGAAAUCUUUCAUAAGCAGAGUUCCAAGUUAAAUUUGGGAAUUUCACCUGAACUUAAAUUAACACAGGAAUCUAUUUCUGCCUCAUUGCAUAGCUUGCUUUUACCUAAAAAUGCUCCAUAUUCGAAUGCACAAGAGCAAUUCAUGUCUUCUCCAAGACCUUUGGCUAUACAGCAAAUUAAGGCUGUCACUAAGUCUCUAAUUUCAGAAUCUAGUCAACCUGGGACCUCGUGUCAUAAUAUAUCCGUGAUUACUGAUCUCCACUUGAGCACCAUUGACUGGGAAGGUACUUCUUUUAGUAAUUCUCCAGUGAUUCAAGGGAAUACUUUCUCUCAAGGUUUAAAAUCAGAAGUUGAAUCAGAGCUAUCAGCUAUCUCUGAUGGCUUUGAAAAUAUCCCAGAACAACUGCCAUGUGAAUCAGAAAGGUACGAUGCAAAUAUAAAUAAAGUAUUGGAAAAGGAUUCUGAUACAAUUAGUCCUGAAGAGCAUCUGCUUUCUGGCAUUACUGAUUUAUGUCUUCAGGAUUUGCCUUUAAAGGAACGAAUAUUUAUAAAAUCAUUAUAUCCUCAGGAAAAUCUUCAACCAGAUGUCAACCUAAAAACUUUGUCCAAACUUAGUGUGAAAGAAUGUUGUAUUGCUAACAGUGGUUCUGAUUGUGCAUCACAUCUUUCAAAAGAUCUUCCAGGAAUUCCCUUGCAAAAUGAAUCUGGAGACUCUAAAGUUCUAAAAGAAGAUGAGCUGCUUCAAGAAAACUAUAAAGUCUAUACUUCUGUACCUUAUUCUGUCAAUAACACAACAGAAAAGACCUGCAGUGUUAGAAUUAGAUCACCAAAUGCUGCAUUAGAUCAUAGUAGAAAAAUUGGUGGGCAAACUACUCAGAAAAUUUUAAUGAAGAAGAGUGUUUGCCUUGACAGACAUUCCUCUGAUGAAGAAAGUACUCCAGUGUUUGGAAAAGCUAAGUACACAACUCAAAGAAUGAAGCACAGUUCUCAAAAGCAUAAUUCAUCCCAGUUCAAAGAAAGUGGCCACAACAAGUUGAGUAGCCGUAAAAUACAUAUUAAAGAAACUGAACAGUGUGUCAAAGCUUAUAAAACAGCUGAGAAUGAAGAAAGCUGUUUCCCAGAUUCAGCACAAAGUUCUCUGAGUUCUCUACAAUGUCAUAAAGAAAACAACUCUGGUACUUGUUUGGAUAGUCCUCUUCCUUUACGCCAGAGAUUAAAACUAAGAUUCCAAAGUACUUGAAAGGAAUUUAAAACACUUAAGUAUAACUUAUUAUUUUAGUGCUAUCAACAAUAGCAGAGACAGAGGGAAGGCAUCUGGUUAAUGUAUGGUAAAAAUUUAGUGUGGUUCUAUAUGUCAUGAAACAGUUGCCAUUUUAAUCAAAAUUGUAAUUUUUAAAAUGUCACCUAAAACUGGUUUUAAAAGAUCCUCUGGAUUGAAAACUUCAGAUAAUGUAUAUUUUUAAAAUAUAUUUUUGUCAUCCUUCUAUCCUUACUAUUCCUUAAUUGUAGUUUUAAAAUACUAGUAUAGUACUUGACAGAGUAAAUGCUUCAUCUGUUUGCUUGGUUUUACUUUUUCUUCCACAAUCCUCUAAAGUAUUUAUUUAAAUUCCAGCUUGUUCCCAAGAGGACAAUUCUUUAUAAUUCUCUGCAUUCUUUCAAGGCCUUGCAAGGUCUUCCGGUGUAACUCUCUUUCCUAAGAGUUAAAUUCUCCCUCAAUGUGAGGAUACCUUUAUAGUGUGCUCUUCUACCUUGAAGGCCUCGCAAGGUUCUCUUUCCUAAGAGUUAGAUUUUAACUCUCCUUCCUAAGAAUUAGAUUCUCCUUCAUUGUGAGGAUACCUUUGGUGUGCUUUUCCACUUUUGGAGUCUUAAUCUCCUUUUUGAGGGACAAAAAUAGAAAAGGAGAGAAGAUGUCAACAUAUUUAGUAAAAAUCAUGCUUGUAAUGGCUGAAUAAACUGAGCAAAGUAACUUCUUAUGUAUCCCCAGAAGUUCACAGGUAUAUAAACUGGAGAAAGAUUUGGAAAAUCAAAUGUAUAACCAAAAAGAUUAGAAAGUAGCCCAGGAUUACGUAGCUAACUAAUCCUGUGGGAAUUAGUUUUCUUGCCUACUUUUUUUUUUGAGACGGAGUUUCACUCUUGUUACCCAUGUUGGAGUGCAAUGGCAUGAUCUCAGCUCACUGCAACCUCUGCCUCCUGGGUUCAGGCCAUUCUCCUGCCUCAGCCUCCUGAGUAGCUGGGACUUGCCUGCUAUUUCUUUUUUAAUCUUUUUGUUUUUUCCUUCUAUAGCACUCUUCCCCCUUUUAUUUUGAAUCUAUGCAGUAUUGACUUUGAUGCCACCAAAUAUUAAAUCUUGCAUUAAUUUAGGUAGAACUGAAAAAUUCUAGAGAGGCAUCCAGAUUUAAAAGGAAAAUUGUCUCUGCAGAUGACAAGAUUGUAUGUAUCAAAAAUCCUAAGGAAUCCACUGGAAAACUAUUAAAACUGAUAAAGUGAGUUCAGCAAGGUUGCAGAAUACAAGACCAAUGUGCAGUGAUCCUUGGUUUUGUUUGUUGUUUGUGUUUGUUUGUUUUGAGACAGAGUCUUGCUCUGUGGUCCAGACUGGGAUGUAGUAGCCCCACCUUGGCUCAUGGGAACCUCCACCUCCCAGGUUCACAUGAUUCUUGUGUCUCAGCCACCUGAGUAGCUGGGAUUAACAGGCAUGUGUUACCAUGCCCAGCUAAUUUUUGUAUUUUUAAUAGAGAUGGGAUUUUGCCAUGUUGGCCAGGCUAGUCAUGAACUUCUGGCCUCAAGUGAUCCACCCACCUCAGCCUCCCAGAGUGCUGGGAUUACAAGUGUGAGCCACCAUACCUGGCCUCAAUUGUAUUUCUGUACACCUCUAAAUAAAUGGAAAUACAUUCCAUGUUCAUGAAUCAGAAGACAAGAUGACAGUACUCCCCAAACUGAUCUACAGGUUAAAUGUAAUUCCCAUUAGUUCCAGCUGCUUUCUUCGCCGAUUCUAAAAUUCAUAUGGAAAUUUCAGGAACACAGACUAUUAAGAAGAAUCUUGAAAAAUUUUGACUCUCCUGAUUUUAAGUGUACAAAACUACAGUAAUGAAGAAUGUGUUGUGCUGGUAUAAAGGUAGAUCUAUAGGUCAAUACAGAUUAAUGGCAUAGAAUUGAGAGUUUAGAAAUAAGCCCUCACAUUUCUGAUCAAUUGAUUUUAAACCAGACUGCCAAGACAAUUCAAUAGGAAAACAAAACAGUCUUUGAACCAACUGUCUUUUGGAUUUAUUGGAUUAUCUACAUCAAAAAGAAUGACAUUUGAUUCCUACUUCACAUCAUAUUUAAAAAUAAAAUGGAUCAAAUACCUAAAUGUAAGAGCUAAAGCUAUAAAACUCUUAGAAGAAAACAUAAAUCUGUAUAGACAUCUUUGUGACUUUGAAUUAGGCAAGGAUUUCUUAAAUAUACCAAAAGCAUAGGCAACAAAAGAAAAUAUACAAACUGGACUUAAUCAAAACUAAAAACUUGCUUGAAAUGACACGAUCAAGAAAUGAGAAGACAGCUUACAGAAUGGGAGAAAAUAUUUGCCAAUUAUAAAUGUGAUAAGGGACUUGUAUCUUAGAGGGACUUAUAUAAAGAACUCAUAACAAUUAUGAAAAGACAACUUUAAAAUGAGCAAAAUAACAGGCAUUUCUCCAAAGAAGAAAUACACAUGGCCAAUAAGCACAUUUAAAAAUUCUCAGUACUAUUAGUCAUCAGGAAAAAGCAAAUCAAAACCACAAGAUACCACUUCACACCUAAUACAAUGUCUGCAAUGAUGAAGAUGUGGAGAAAAUUGGAAUUCUUAUAACAUGCUGGUAGGAAUAUAAAAUGGAGCAGCCACUUUGGAAAAAGUCUAGUAUUUUUUCACAUGGUUAAAUGUAGAGUUAUUGUAUGAUCCAGCAAUUUCACUCCCAGGUAUAUACCCAAGGGAAAUGAAAACACAUCCACAUAAAAACCUGCACAGACAUUUCCAUAGCCGCAUUAUUUAUAAUAGCCACAAAGUGGAAACAACCCCAAUUUUAGAAUGAGGAAGGGGAAAAACUAAUGUAUGUCAUCUACUGUGUGCUAAGCAUUUAACUAGGUUCUUUACAAACCUUAUAUCAUCUCAACAACUCUGUAAGGACCGUAUUGCAAUGUUUUGGAUAUUCAGAGAGAAAGCAUCCUUGCUGAAACAUUCUUCCAGGAUUCUUUUGAUUUGUUCAGUCGUGGCUAUGAUAGUUUAGGACCAUCUCAUCCAGGUAAAUUCUUAGAAUAUCUAGAGGCAUUCUUGAGAUUGUAUGAGAUGAAAAAUAACAAAAUUAGUUGGGAGUGGCCAGUCUGGGUUCAUUUUGUUGUGUAUCUCAGGGGUCCCUAACCCCUGGGCCAUGGACAGGUACCAGUCCAUGACCUGUUAGGAACCGGGCUGCACAGCAGGUGGUGAGUGGCAUGCAAGCAAGAAUUACCACCUGAGCUCCACCUCCUGUCAGAUCAGCAGUGGCAUUAGAUUCCCAUAGGAGCAUGAACCCUAUUAUGAACUACACAUGCAAAGGUUUAGUUUGUAAGCUCCUGCUGAGAAUCUAAUACCUGAUGAUCUGAGGUCAAACAGUUUCAUCCCACAGCUAUCUCCCCUGCAUGGUCUGUGGAAAAAUUGUCUUCCACAAAACUAGUCCUUGGUGCCAAAAAGGUUGGGGACCACUGAUACAGCUAAUACAGGCAUAAGUGUAAAAUUAUACUUUUUCCUCCUCAAGGAUUUCUCUAUUUUCAUUGUCCAGUUUAUACCGGUCGUUAAAGCAUUCCAUGUUCUUGUUCUUUGAUUUGGUCAUGUUAUCACUUGUAUAUCAAAUCUUAUCAUAAGUUGCUGCUUACGUAUUUGCUCAUCACUUCAUUGUCUUGUUGAGGAUGCCUUACUUCCCUUUCAAAUACUCUGCCAAAGAUCUGCCUCCAGCUACGAGGAUCCUGCAAUUGGUUUCUUUCUGGUGACUCCGUACUAAAGCCCUGCUCUGGCCUAACUACUUUGGGCUUUGUGUAAUCAAUCUUAAGUCCUUGGUGGUUUUUGUUUUAGAGUUUUCUUUGUUUUUUUUUUUUUUUUUUUUCAUAUAAAAUCUCCAUCUGGCUGGGUGUGGUGGCUCAUGUCUGUAAUCUCAGCACUUUGGGAGGCCACGGUGGGUGGAUUGCUUGAGGCCAGGAGUUCAAGACCAGCCUGGCCAACAUGGCAAACCCCGUCUCUACUAAAAAUAUGAAAAUUAGCAGGGCCUGGUGUUGUGCACCUGUAAUGCCAGCUACCCAGGAGGCUGAGGCAGGAGAAUUGCUUGAACCAAGGGGGCAGAGGUUGCAGUGAGCUGAGAUGGUGCCACUGCACUCCAGCCUGGGUGAAAGAGUGAGACUGUCUCAAAAAAAGAUUAAAAUUUAAAUUAAAA